CACCAUCGUUGUACGGGGAAAGUGUUUUGUCCGAAUUCUGCUUGGUCUUAUUUAUAAAGUCACAGAAGUCUCCUUGUUGGAAAGAUCGCUCUGGCGAAGAAGAAACAAUAAAAAAAGAAAAAAAGAAAAACUAACUCCCCAGGUACGGUAAAGAAAGUGCAUUCUGGUGCCCGUCUGGUGCAAUCGAGAGUAAACCCGGAACGGUCCAGUUUCCGCGCACGGUACAGUCCUGCUGAGUGAGGAAGCGUAGUGAAGAAACCGUGCCUAGUUGUGUUUUGUGGUCGUGGUGCGUUUUUUUUUCCUGCGUGUGUCCUCUCCCGUAUUCGAACGUCCGGUCGUUCGUGUUUGUGUGUUUGUGUGUGAACUAAUUACGCGUCGUCCCGGUUCGUCCCGCUUGGCCAUCAAACAUUCAUAAACUCAUACAAACUCACACUAGCAAACCCCUCUUUUCCGGCACCAGCUGAUGCAUACCAGGUGCAGUGAGAGUGAGAGAAAGAGGGAAACGGUGGUGAACUAAUCAAUGUUCAAUACCAGCAUCGGCAACGCCGUACUCAUCGCCAUCCACACGCCAAGCGCUUCCCCGUGCAGCGACGCACCCAACUGCUCACAGUCCGGCAGCUCGGAACGGUGCCGCCGCUGUGUGUGCCUGUGUCUGCCCUAACCUUCUGCUCCGCGCUCGCGACCGCAGAGGCGACGACUGGACGCCGCCGCCGCCGCCGCCCAUCCACCGUAGUGGAACGGUUUAGAUGCACCGGCGACCACCGUGCUGCUGCGUACGACAACGCCGACGGGCAGCUCCGUGAGCGUGGCGUGCCGCUGGGACAACCACCGUUCGCGCUUUUUAAUGCUUCUCUGACGCUCUUGCCGUCCCGCUCCGUUACUGCUGGCCUGCCGCCGCUGCUGCUGCUACUGUUGCUGACACGAUCCGUGCCGCCGGACGGACUGCUCUGACCUCGCCUGAGUGAGUGAGCGGGUGUGUGUGUGUGUGUGUGCAUGCGCUUCCCUAGCGAGCCGGUUCGGCAGAAGUGCAAGAAGGCAGCCGCCAGCCAAACACCGCAACAGCGGGCAGUACGGUUCCCGCCCGCAGCUUAAGCUUCUCUUUAACCCCCACACGCUACUCUUUUUGCGCGCCAGUACCAAACGUGGACCUUCGCCGGACAAAAUGGCACCAACCACAACAAUCGAAACCGUCACCAUCACGCGACCACUGAAGGUCAUUGCGUUCAUCUGUGGCGUAAUUGUCAUCAUUCUCAUGAUACUGGCCCUCACCUCCACCGACUGGCUGAUGGCGGAGAGCUGGCGCCAGGGCCUGUUUGUGCACUGCAUCGAGGAGGGGUACGAGCUGCCGCUACCGUUCAACCUGCAGGAUCCGGCCGGCUGCUAUCCGAGCCGCGAUGUCGCCUACAUCAAGGCGACGGCGGCGCUCUGCAUCAUCACGCUCGUUACCGAUGCGCUGGCCACCUUCCUGACCGGGCUGGGGCUGCGCACGCAGGAUCACAACCUCAAGUACAAGUUCUACCGUGUGGCCGUGCUGAUCAUGAUGGUUGCCCUCAUCUCGCUGCUGGUCGCCGUCAUUCUGUACCCGAUUUGCUUCGCUGCCGAGCUGAAUAUUGCCAACCGACUGGUGUGGGAGUUCGGCUGGGCGUACGGUGUCGGCUGGGGUGCGGCCAUCUUCCUGUUCGGUGCGGUCGUCCUGCUGCUGUGCGACAAGGAGUCGGAGGAGAUCUACUACAAGGAAAGGAAAAUUGUACACGACGCAUCGUUAAGAGACUAGGCCAGGGCACACGCUCUGCCCGACGUUGUGCUUUAGACCUAGUCUAGCGAAGAGAGAGAGACAACUCAAGAGAAGACCACGCUCAAAUCACACAAAUCACCCCCCCCCUCCCCCUUCCUUCACUAACACUCCCCCUCCUUCCUUUCAUCGAAGCAAAACCGAGGCACCGAAACGACGGACAGCGGGAGAGAAAGUCCCCGAGACACAGCGCGUUGUGUCUGAAAAGCAGCCUGAGCAGCUUUUGCAACUGGACCAGCUGGCCAGGAGGAAGCAAAGGAACAAAGCGCAACGCCGCCAUCCCCGAAACACUCCGUACUGAAUCUCUAACGGCCAAGCUACACGUACCGGACGACAUCGGACGAUGCCAUAAAACGUAGGACCGCAGACAAGAGAUUCGCGUCGGGCCGGGCCGUGUCGGAUCACAGCGGGCCGAUUUUGUAUGAGAUUUGACAGUUGGCGUUAACGGAUUUAUGGCAUCGUCCGAUGUCGUCCGGUACGUGUAGC